GCCAGCGAAGAAAGCAGAAGAUCCCCCUCCUCGUGAGCACCAACGUAACCGCACUGUGUGUCAUAGACUCCGGUAGAUUCAAGUAAAAGCGACUCAGGUAGAGGAUUACGGACUUCAAGCAAUGCGCCAAGAAACACUCUGAGGUCACCUUGUUUUUGUCCACAUACAAACACACACACACAAUCGUUUCUUUUUACUAUCGUUCUUCCCGCACGUGUUGUGGCGAUGCCGCAGUCGGAGCCCUCCGUUUCCGACUCCAUCUCGUACCUCCAAAACUUCCUCAACACCUCCGCGGCAGUUCCAGACGAGCCGGCGACGCGCCCCGCUCUUCCGCCAUCGCGACCGCCAUCUUCGCUCCCCGCCGCCUUCCUUCCCUCGACGCUUCAUAGCGACCCGCUGUCACUCCCACGACGAUCGCCGCCAUCUACCAUAUCGGUGCUGAGUCACCGCAGCAGCGUGCAGCAUUCCGCUAUCGACGGCGACAACGUGGCGGCGCCAAACAGCGCGUACGCCGCCGCUGCCACCGUACCUUCGCCUUUUGGCACUCUCCUGCAGGCCAAGCGGAGCACUCUUCUAGACACGCCUCGCGCCUCACAGACGCCGCGAACAGUAGAAACUUCGCUACUCUUCAGCGCAGGGCGAAAGCCGAUCCAUCUGACGAGCGGCCGAGCACCGCGUACCGCGGACGGAGCGUCGAAGCUCUCCGACACCUUCACCAGUCAAGGUAACGCGUCUGCCUCUGUUGCCGGGUCCUCUGGCAUGUUCCGCUACGGUUCGGGCUCAACGCGCAGGACGGGCGACGGGUGGCGCAACCCGUACACCGCGUCGCAGCGCCCCUCUACCCCGCGCAACGGCGAUCGACAACGCACGACUCCGUUGUGGGGACAGUCACCGUCACCGCGGGUUGGGGAACAGCUUCCGUGGCGGCGCGGGUCCGUGCCACCAUCUACGCAUCAGGGCUCCUCGCUGCUGUGGGGCUGGGGACACGAAAACGGCGGUCACGGCGGCGCUACUUCUCCCUCACUGCCCCUUUAUGAAGCUCCUCUCUCCUCCAGCGGAGACCGCCCUCGCGGGAAUCGGCAUCCAGAUAAUGAGAUCAACCAGGCAACGUACCGUACCUCGGCGCCGCCCAUGUCGUCCGGAUCAGCCGCGCGACAAUCGCGCGAGUCCGCCUAUGAAGAGGUGGGGGAGCGCGAUCCACCAGCGCGUUCGCAGAUGCAGGAGGGGGCAGGACGCAGACGGCAACCGCCGCUUCCGCCGCCUUCUGCGGCAAGACCGUCACCCACACCUCGUACAGUCGAGCCGGUGACACUGACGACGUGCCAUAACGCUGACGAGCACGCCGCCAACAUGCGCCGCAUCGCGCACUACCUCAAGGACUACUACGCCCGCGAGGCGGACGAAGGUGAGCGCGGCGUGGAGUCGCUGACCGCCGAGGAUGUGGCGGGCUUGGCGCAGUGCUUUUACAUCGACUUGUAUCGCACGGUGCGGCAGGCACGUCGGUCUGCUGGGCUGGAAACGUCAUCGUUUGCGGCCGAGGACCCAACGGCGAACGUGACGGCCGGCGCCGAGACGCCACCGCCGCCUCCGCCCCCGCGGAAGGAGGAGGGCCGCUACGGCCGCGCUCGCCGAGGAAUCUCCGCGCCGCCGUCGGAGAGCGAGGAGGGAGACGCAGCGGGCAACGAGAGCGAUAACGCGGGUGAGGAAAGGGUUGAAGAGCGGGAGAGAGAGAUCCGCUCCCCCACGCCGCCGCCGCAGUUCGCAAACGCGCGCUCCACGCCACCAAAGACCUCACCAGAGCGGACCACAUAUGCACCGCCGCCACCGCAGGGCCCCGCACGACUAUCCAACUCCGUCAACACGUCCACCUCUUCUGUCAGCGGACGGCAGCAGCGGCAGCGGACGGCACCCACCUCUCGCCAGCCGCCGUACCAGCACACUUCGCUGCUCUCCUCGCCAGAGGAGGAGCUGCUGUCGAGCGCGGCAGCCACGACGCGUCUCGCGCCGAAUCAACAACUCGCGUACAGCGGCGGCGGGACGCACCCGGUGCAGAUCAUCACGGCUCGCGUGCCGGCGUUCCGCAACGACGACGCGCUGUCCGACCCACAAGGUCGAACACAGUCCUCUCAGCGGCCGCACUCGGUGCCUGGACGGUCCUCCUCCUCCGCGGCUUCUUCUUUCUCUGUUGGGUCCGGGGUGCCGAGGGCCCCGCCCCCACCCCCCUCCUAUACCUACCACCGAAAUGGCCAUCGCAGCGACCUACCUCAAGGCGAACGCACAGCGGAUGCGGCGUCAGAGUUCGCUCUGGCCAGCUCGCCUUCCCCACCCUACCGCCACUCUAAUUUUGCGCUGCCGCCGUAUCUUCCACCGAACCUGCAACACCCACCACGGGCACCGAGUAAUGCGACGUCGCCCUACACUCGCCCCACCACCCCUCCGGGGAUCAUCAAGGGAUCUUUGAGCAACUCUCGCCUGUCGAAGCGCCCAACGCGCGACGGCGGUGGCCAACACGUGCAGAUGCGACCACAUUUUCAAGGUGACAGCAGCAGCAGCAGCAGCAGCAGUUCGAACGGGGACGAGGCGUGUGAUGAGGGAGCCUCGUACACCGCGGAGGGUUCUGAAAACGGGAGCGCCGCUGGCCUGCGCCGCCCGUCUCGCCGCCCGGCGCCGGCGGAGCCUUCCAGCGGCAUCGUGAAGCGUCCGCUGAAGGAGCUGAUGCCACUCCUGCGCUCGCACGGAACGCUCCUUGUGAAGCACAUCCGCGGCAACCGCCGUCCCCACCUCCGCCUCUGCCAGAUUCUCGAUUGCGUGGACGUGUACAAGGGAAGCGAGGUGCUGAUGCCGCACUUCACGUGGGCUGCUGCGGAUGACGUGUACCGGCACGAUAAGCGACCCCGUGCGAAGAAAACGAAGAAGGGGGUGCCACUGCCGACCGGGCUGUCGCUUUCGCAGGAGGAGGUGCCCUUCGAGACGGCACUGAACCUGACGCAGUUGGCGGCGGUGUACGUCGGCGCUGGGCGGGGCAUCGCGGCGGAGUACAUGGGCCUCUUCCACCGUCGCAAGCGAGACGGCGCCGUUGUUGAUCACCGCCGUCGCCCGGUCGCGGACGGCAUGUGCGUUGUCUUCGUCUUCGCCUCCCGCCCCGUAGCAGUAACCUUUCUCCGCGAGGCCGAUCGUCAGGUGUGGGUCGGCGCCAUGAUGAGUGUGGUGGAGCGCAAUCGAACCCUGAGCACCUAG